AUUGAAGGCAAUCAACUGUGACUCCGUAGCCGGCUACCAGGUGGAUAGAUUGUGUGGUGGGGUAUUCUGCAAUUGUGCCGGGAUGGUAGUAAUGGUAGUCACUACAGGUGUAGUCGAUGGUGCCAUCAAUUCGAUUAUGGAGUCAUCACAUUCAAACUUUUCACUUUUAGAAAGUGCUGGUCGUGCUACUGCUAUGCUACAGUGCUACUGCUAGUGCUACAUGAUGGGAUGGAGUAUUGGUGGCCGGUGGUAGUACAUCACAUCAUUAUUGAGUGGUGCUGUUCCAGUCUGAAGACUAGUCCUAAGUAUUUGUCCGGUCAUCACCUAGAGUAGGUUCCACCCACGGGGGGUCCAUGAAGGGAGACCAAUGGCGCCCAAGGAACGCCAGAUACGAAUCCUAGAAUGGGACGACUUGGACAAGCGCAAGUUUUACACUUAUGGCUUCAUGAUGAGCAUGUUCAUCCGUGUGAUCAACUACCCAACCAUCUUGAUCAAGACACGGCUCCAAGUACAGACACAGAAUGCUCUGUACUCGGGCACAUGGGACGCCUUCAAGAAGAUCACCAAGUACGAAGGGAUACGGGGGCUCUAUAAAGGAUUCUUCGUCAACACCUUGACUGCCUUAUCCGGCCAGGUCUAUAUCACCACCUAUGAAGUCACCAGAAGGGCCUUUGGUGACCAUGUCAGCAACACGACCAAAUCAUUUGUGGGAGGGGCCUGUGCCUCCCUGGUUGACAUGAGUAUAACGGUACCCAUCGAUAUAGUAUCACAGCACAUAAUGAUGCAGGGCUCUGCACUGAACUUAGAGGCUGGACGGAGGAAAGUGACUUUCAAAGACACUCGGCGAAUCAUUCAUAAUAUAUGGCACAAAGACGGACCAAUUGGAUUUUAUAAAGGCUACACGGCCUCCAUCAUGACUUUCAUGCCGAUGAAUGCACUGUGGUGGCCUUUCUAUCAUUUUUAUGCAGAGCAGCUAGCGUUAUUAUUGAAUGCCUCUUUACAUGUAUCAGUGCCAGCACUGGCAAUCCAGGCAAUGUCUGGACCCUUGGCCAGCGCUUCAGCUACGAUCCUAACAAACCCAAUGGACAUUGUUAGAACACGAUUACAGGUAACAGGAGGUGACUCUAUCUUGGGAGCAUUCAGAAGACUGCAUCAAGAGGAAGGCAUAUCAGGCUUCAAGAAGGGACUCUCAGCCCGUCUCCUGUCCUCUGUACCUGCUGGUGUAGUCAUGGCCGUCUCCUAUGAAAUCCUCAAGAGACUUAGCGUCAAACCAGAGGUUGACUACAAAGUCCAGUGGUAGGCAGAAUUGAAUGUUUGAGAGAAAAGCAAGAUGGUACAUGUCUUAGCAAAACAGGAGGUUAAGA